AUGCCGCUCUUAGAUAAGAUGGAUUCCCUGCCCUCUGAUCCUCCUUUGGAAGAAGUUAACCCCUUUAUCCCUUCCCCAAUUGUGGGGGAUGGGGUUGUCCCUGACCCAAUCCCUCUUCUCUUUGAGGAUAAUAUCGGGGAAUCCCUGGCUGUGGAUGCUCCCUGUGAAGAAGAGAUUUCUAUUAAUGCUAUUGGAUCUGUCCAAGAUAUUCCCAUUCAUCUGGUCAUUGAUAUGGAUAACUCUGCUGAGAUCUUUCUGGCAAUGGUGGAAGCUGCGCUGGAAUAUCGCAAGCAGAAUCCACAGGACAUAGACUUGCAAUACCUGCGGUUUGUCGUGCUUUCUAUUGGAACGGGUGAAGUUUCCAAUGAACAUUAUGAUGCAAAAACUGCUAAAAAAUGGGGGAUGUUUCGAUGGCUUAAGCCCCUUAUUGAUGCACUAUUUAAAGGAACUGCAGAUGUGCAGAAACAUCAGAUAGAAUUAUUGUGGCACAAAGUUACACAUAGUCUUAGAAUAGAGCCAAGAGAUUUAAAUGGAGAUUUGGCAAGCCUCGACAAUUCUAGCGAGAAAAACCUUGAAGGUCUUCGAAAGCUUGCAGAAGAACAUUUGCAAAAACCAUUGGACAAGGAUGAUUUUAAAGGAUUCGAUUUCAACGAUGUCCAGAAUAUUACCUAUCAGAAGGCCCUGGAUAUGUAA